UUUGCAGUUUGCAGCAAUGUACUGGGUGUGGUCAAUGAAUUUUUAACCCAUUAGUGCGUGGUGGACCUGGUAACAAAAUGGCAGCUGAAGAGAAACUAUUAGUGGUGGUUGGCAUACACGAAGGCAGAGGUUUCCCUGCUAAACCCGGCCAUGACCUCUUGAUAGAAGUCAAGUUCUCUGGAGAGAGUUUACAAUCUGAUCCUGUUGAUCAUAAUCAGAUAACAGGGAGUGGACAUAUUGUUAUCAAUAAUGAACUGGCUUGGGAGAUGAGCAGGAAGGCACUACAGGAGCACAAGCUACAAAGGACACCGAUCAAACUAAUUUGUUAUUGUGUCCAUAGAAUUACAUUAAAGAGGAUAGAAUGCGGUAACAUAAAGCUGGACUUGAGAUCCGUGCAACAACCAAACCAACUAACAGCCAAUCACUGGUAUAGUUUAUUACAGUCACAGUAUCCAGGAAAAAGACUUGAGUUAAGAAUAUCACUGACAUCAGAGGCUGACAGUCAACAGCAACAACAACAACACUUUACAGAGGAAGAGGGGGAACUUAGUUUUUCAUCGUCUUCAGUUUCUCAAACCCCUCCCUCUUUUUCACUGCCUCCUAUGAUACUAGACGAGGGUAAUGGUUGGUAUUUGUUGGGUACUCCUAGCAGUCGUCAGAGACUCCACACUGUGUCCCUCACACUCUCACACCCACAGAACUUACACAAGAUUAGUACAGCAAAAGGCACCAGCUAUCAUUUCCGGUACUCAUUACUCGGGAAUGAAAUAAUGACUGAAGACUUUAAAGUACUGACUGAUCCGUGUGACUUUCAAGCCGAGAGGGCAUCAGUCCGUGUCAAGUCAGAGCCUACUCUAAUGAAGCAGUUACUAUUAGCUCAACCGGAUAUACGGGUUGAUUUGAUAAAUGAGUCUAUGGUAGUAUUGUCUUCUGGUAGUGUUCCCAUUAAACCUUUAGCUAAUAGUCAGUUCUUUUCUGUCUCCUGCUCACUUACUAGUUCAAGUGGCUUGGGCGGAGGGACCACACCCAGUAUUAACGUAACACUAGCAGUACAAGAGAACAAAGAGAGUAGUGAGUCCCUUUCCCCAGUUCCAUCACUCAAGGAAGGACAAGAAGAGGAAGAUGGCCACAAUGUCUCCAGCUCUUCAUCUUCUGCCAGUUCUUCAACACCUCAACCUCCCCCCACUUCAAAUACACUACCUGCUACAGCCCAGCCUCACUCAACUUCACAAUCACCUGAUGAUAGACAUGCUUCAGCUAAGAGGAAUUUAGCACAAUCUUUUGAAGAAGUGUCUAGUUCAUCUCCACCAGGAAGGGGUUCCUCUUUUAAACCAUCGACUAGUCUAGCUUCUCCUCGCUCGCUAAGUCCUCCGGUGACCACGCCCACUGUAUCGUCUCCACCCAGAAUAACCUUCACUUCUCCCAAGACGAGUCCUUUGCUGUUAUCCCAGUCCGUGGGAGGAGGGGGAGGGCGAAAAGGAGGAGAGAAAAGAGUCAUGCAAUCGCAUCAGAAAUACUCUUCGCUCAUUGCUGGUUCCUCUCCUACUUCUUCUCCUCUUAAAACCAGCAAUGUAACACAGUCUGGAGGAGGUACUCUCUUGUUUGAUCAGUUGACGUCACGUCCCACUGGAGCUAAAGGAAGAGAGGUAGUGGCAGGUCCCACUACUAGAGGGACAGUCCCUCAUUCCUCUUCAGCCCCUAAGCCUCAGUUGGAAUAUCAAACUGCCAUGGAGCUUGAGUUGUGGAAAAUGCAACAAGAAGAGGAAUUUAUGAAAGGACUCAAGGAAAAAGAAGAAACUCAACUGAAGCUACUGGCAGAAGAAUUUCAAAAGAGAGAUAAACAGAGAGAAGACGUUUUGAAACAAAAAAUGGAUUAUUAUCAAAGUCUAGAGGGACAGCUGGCGAAAACUCUUAAAGAGUUAGAGUCACAGAGACAGAAACUGAAGGCAAGAGAGCAAGACAUGGUAUCCACACAAAGAAGACUUGAAGAUGAACAAAGGUCUCUUCAGUAUGAUGCUAAACGGGAGAAAGGACUGCUUCUGUCUGAACUGGAAGGAAACAUUCAAAUUGAAAAACUCAAAUCAAAGGAACUUGCCAUUCAGUUGGAUAGAGCAAGGAGACAGGUCAGUGAGCUGGAGAAUAAACUCCUUCAGAGAGAAGCUGAGUUUGAAAUGUAUAAAGACAAGAUUCAUUCACAAUCGUCGGAGACACAGCUACAAACAGAACUAGGGCUAUUGAAACUAGAGAAGGCUGAAUUGGAGCACAAGCUAGAAACAGUGACAAAGUCGAAGCAGCAUUACAAAGAUGAGUGGAGCAAGGCACUGAAGGAGGUAGCAUCACUGAAGCACAGGGAGCAAACUGUAAUGAGGGACCAACUCAAGAAGCAGCAGCUGGAGCUGGAGGCUAUGAGAGUCAAGUAUCUCAGAGCUGAAGAGCAGCAGUCCUUACAGCAACAGCUCCAACAGAUUAAAGAUGAGACACAAAGAUUACGUGCUCAAGCGUUAUCAAAGACACCUGUACCAGGAUCCCCUCGCCAUACUCCUACCCGACAAACCACCCCCAUACUCACCUCACCACGUCUCCAAACCAUCGACGCUAACAUUGCCAGAUGGAUUGAAGAGAGGAACAUCCUCCUACAGACUGGAGUGUACACUCAUGCUGACCCAACCAUACAGAAACUGGACAAGAAGAUACAGGAAGCAUUAUUAGAGAAGAGAUCAACUUAUAAUUCUAGUUCUUAAUACCUUUUCAGGCACAUGAGACUCUAACCCACACAGCCCCUGUCUAUAUUUUCUGUAUCAUCACACAAUGUACUGCUAUUAGAAUUAGCUCUAGAGUUCUUACUUAUCUUUUACCCAUUUUACCACCUAAAGAAAUUUAAAAAA